AAAACUUAAUAACUCCUCCCUCUUAUCCGGUCAGUUUUCGGGGAAUCCCCAAAGCGUGGUUAUUCAUCCAGCAGGUCUGUGUAUUUACCCUUUAACGAAAUCAAAACAUUCGACGUUCUUCCAUCGGACGAUCGUGAAAUAACUCCACGGAAGACGAGCUUGGCGCUGCCUGCCUGGCUUGUGUGCUUCUGCGGUCAAGCACACGUGAGUGGAAGCCAACAUGACUGAGCAGGAGGGGACUGGGGCCCUGGAGUACAGCCUGAGCCAGGACGAGACUUUUCAGGCCCUGUGGAACACUGUGACUGUUCCCACUGAAGAUGAGGGCUGGGGAAGUCUGGAUAAUGUAAGUGUGCCUGAUGCACUGAAUUGUGACCAUUUGCAGUUCCAGCAGUACCUGGUGGGGAGCCCUCUGCAGGACGGGUUUGAUGAGAAGCUGUUUGACGUCCCAGCGACCCCGGCCCCCCCUCAGCCCUCGGGCUCCGCCCUGGACAGCGGGGCCCCCCCUGCCUCCACCGUCCCAACCACCACGGACUACCCCGGCGAGUUUGGGUUCCUGCUGCGCUUUCAAAAGUCAAGUACUGCCAAGUCUGUGACGUGCACCUAUUCGCCGGAGCUGAAUAAGCUGUUCUGUCAGCUAGCGAAGACGUGCCCGGUGCAGAUGCAGGUGACCCACACCCCUCCCCCCGGGGCCGUCCUGCGCGCCACCGCCGUCUACAAGAAAUCCGAGCACGUGGCCGAGGUGGUGCGCCGCUGCCCCCACCACGAGAGGACCUCCGAAAACAAUGACGAUUCCACCCCUCGUAGUCACCUGAUUCGGGUGGAGGGCAGCCAGCGCGCCUGGUACACUGAGGACAGCAACACCCUCAGACACAGCGUCCUGGUGCCCUAUGAGCCUCCACAGCUGGGUUCAGAGUGCACCACUGUCCUCUACAACUUCAUGUGCAACAGCAGCUGCAUGGGCGGGAUGAAUCGCAGGCCCAUCCUCACCAUCAUCACUUUGGAGACACAGGAAGGUCAGGUGUUGGGCCGGCGCAGUUUUGAGGUCCGUGUUUGCGCCUGUCCGGGUCGCGACAGGAAGACCGAGGAGGACAACCACAGGAAGCAGCAGGAGAAGAGCGGCACCAAGACCGGCGGCGGCGCCAAGCGCACAUUCAAGGAGUCUUCCCUGCCAUCUUCACAGCCGGAAGACAGCAAAAAAACCAAGACCACCUCCAGCAAUGAGGAAGAGAUCUUCACCCUACAGGUUCGUGGGAAGAAGAGGUUUGAGAUGUUAAAGAUGAUUAACGACUCUCUGGAGCUGAAAGACCUGGUGCCAGCUGCUGAUCAGGACAAGUACCGGCAGAAGCUGCACUCCAAGAGUACCAGCAAGCGAGAGAGGGAACGCGAAGGAGUGGAGCCCAAGAAAGGGAAAAGGCUUCUUGUGAAGGAGGAGAAGAGCGACUCUGAUUGAAGGGGGGAAGAAAUGGAAACUGGGAAAGGGGGAGAGGAUUCUGUUCCACUGCCUCUGAUUUCUAAAGAACAACUUUGACUUGCUAUUCUGGGUUGGGGUCAGUUCCAUGUCAAUUCAGUCAUUUCCGAAGAUUAAUUGAAAUUCAGCUAAUUGACUGAACAAUUCUCAUUGAGCAAGGUGGGCAUGUUUUUGAAUUUGUGAACAGAAUUUCCUGAUCUGACCUAGUUGAAACUGAGUUGACUCCAACCCAGUUUGAUAUGUAGGGUGUAGGGUUGUGGGACACAGAUUACUUUUUAGUGCGUUAUUCGUAAGUCUGAAUUAGCAUACUUUUUAGUUCCCUUCUGUAUUGUAGUCUGCAAAAUAUCCUUGGAGUAUUAUGAGAACUUUCCCAGCUCUUCAGAGUAAGGCUAAUCAAGUGUACUGUUUCACUGCCAUAUUUUCCCAGAUCUAGACAUUUCUUUCAUAUGGUGUAUCUGGAUCAAAUGUGUCCCGUCUUCUAAUGACACAAGCUAUUUUUUUUUUUUUUUUCUUUGGUGGGGGAUUCGGGUAUAUUGCUUGCUGGACCAAUCGUUUUGUGGCAUUUUGAUUUUCGUCAACACUUUGUUCCCCCCCAAACACUUCUCCAGCAUUAUGUAAUACAUUUACCCUCAGAAUUACUAUUGGGCAUCUGUCUUUGAAAAUAUGCCGUACUGUACACUGCCAUUUGUAUACGAUUAGUAAAUAGUUGCUAACUUUCAACAGUAUAGCUAUAGUUACGCAUACUAACAGUUCCUCUUAGAUAUCCUCAGAUAAACAUUUGCAUGUUUUUUAUUAUUGUGGUCAAGUUUUACAACUCAGGACAAAGUCUGUGUUCACCUUGAGAAAGGCUUUGAUUUGAUCGUUUAAGGAUGUUGCCUGUCUGUUUAUUGUACAAAAUGAUAUCCUCAUAUACCAAAUCAAAGCUAAGACAUUGUUCUUCUCCCUUUUGUGAAGAUCUGUCAUUUUUAAAAUCUGCUGUAUUGUCCAGGAGUGACUGUCUUCAGAUUCACCUAGUCUUAAUAUACCAGUGAAUCUCACAGUCUGUUAAUAUACACAGAUACUGACCAGACAUACAGCACUGUGGUCUUAGCAAUGUAGUCGUCAGUGGAGGACCACAGACCAGGAACUGCAGAGGAUAGAGGACGAGUAGUUGUCCUUCAACCGAAUAUGUUGUCAGAGCAUAGAUCAUCUUUGCUGUUGCUCUUAUCAGCGUUUAUGCCGAUUGAGAGAUGACUGAACUCUCUCUUGUAGUACAGUUUUUUUUUCCCUACAUUUAAAAAAAAAAAACUUUAGUUUGUAGAUUUUUUAAAGAUUUUUUCCCCCCCAUUAUAAAAUGUUCUUGCCCACACACACACACACACACCACACCACACAGACAUACAGAUGGUGCACACAAGCUCAUUUUAUUUUCGUAUUUUUUUAUAAGUAUACACUGCUAUAUGCGCAGGCGCACUAACAAAACAUUUACACAUGCGCACACACUUUUUUUCCUUCAUUGCGGUAACACUGUUGUCUUUUUCAAGAAAUAGAAAAACUAGAAAUAAAAUUUAUGAAAAAAAUAUGUGGCUCUUUGUGUGUUUUCAACCAGUGACCAAUGAUUUGGGAAAAUGUUUUUUAACAAUGUUUUUUGUAAGUAUAUUUUGCAAUGUCUUAAAUUAGUAUAUUUCCCAUAUGUUGAAAUGUAUAGUAUUUAUAUUGUAGUAUAUUUCAUUUAAAAAAGGGACUGAGCCGUUACAACCAUCGUGGCCACAGUCUAACAGUGCUUUAGAAAUCUCUUGCCAUUUUGCAGAAGGGUUGAAAUGUCUCUGUUCUAAUGGUGCCCCUGGCCUCAAUUGCCUACUAAAGCUAGUCGGGUACCAGUAACAGAACCUGGGUUUCAAAUAUAGCAGAUAACCUGUGGCUUCUUCCUUCUUUCACCCCGGGUUGCAACUUGUUGCAUUGCUGUAAUAUCAUUUGUACAUUCAGGAGAGCGCCAGACUGCAUGCUGAAUUGCAGAGAGCUUGCAUACUCUGCAAGCUGAACCACUGCACCACUGGUUGGUGCUGUGGCCAGUAGUGUUGACCCACACGAGUACUGGCUACAGCUGGUACCUUUUUAUUCUCUUAUACUUUGUGUAAACAGUGUGUCCUUGUGAUAUCCCUCAUGAAAAAUAUGGAAUGACCGUGUAGAAAAAUAUCCUUUUUAGUUUGCAUUGCUGUUUAUGCCAGUGUCAACUUUUUAACUUGCAAUAUUUGAACACAAUACAUGAAAGCAAUGCUGCUUACUGUGUGAACUGGACUUAAUGUGUUCAUGGCUGUGGAUAACCUUUACAUAAUGAGUAUUGUACUUUAUCGGACCUGUGUUUUGUAGUUGUUCCAAUGACCUUCGGCAUUCACUUAUUGUGCGUCGCUUUGGAUGAAAGCGUCUGCAAAAUAAAUGUGAUGUAAUAUAAUGCAAUAAUUCACCUCCCAAAAAUG